AUGGGCUCUCUCGUCCAGGGCGAUGACUUCCCGCACAAUCUGCGUCUGCUGAACACGAACGUGGAUGGCAAGAACAAGAUUAUGUACGCUAUGACGGCCAUCAAGGGCAUUGGCCGCCGUUUCCCUAAGCAGGUCUGCAAGAAGGCUGAGGUUGAAAUCACGGUGAUCGGCGACCCUGUACAAACGGAAACAGCCAUCUGGAGCAGCCUGGCUGGUUCGGGUUUGAGGUUAACAAGUCUUUCUUAA